AUAACACCUGGCUGUGAAGACAUCCCGCCUGCCCCCAAAUCGCAGAUGAGCUGCGGCGGCGUGAGCCUGACACAGCGGCGUCCUCCUCCACCACCGGGUGACAGACCGACUGACCGCCCGCUCGGUGGACACGUAAUGGACGAGCGGACCCGGAGCGGAGCAGAGAGCCGCAGUCCCCAGAUGGCGGAGUGAGUGAGGAUGCGACUCCCCAGUUCCAUCUUUGUGUCGGUGUCUCUGUUCACGGCCGAGACCACGGCGGCGCUCUACCUCAGCUCCACGUACCGCUCAGCUGGAGACCAGAUCUGGCAGGGGCUCACGCUCCUCUUCACGCUCGUCCCGUCCGUGCUCGUGCAGCUGACCCUCACCUUCAUCCACCGAGACCUGAGCAGAGACAGACCGCUGAUCCUGCUGCUGCACAUCCUGCAGCUCGGACCCAUCGUCAGGUCAGUGCUGCUGCUGACUUGUUUAUGUUUCUCUGAUGGGUGCAUUUCUCCUCUCCGCUGUGUCACACGGUGUAGCAGCUGCUAUUACCCACAGGUGUCGUGUCCGUGGGUGAUUUUUCUCGUUAAAAACAUGUCCGGCCUGCCUUCACAUAAGCUGCUUAGUGCUGGUUUGAUGAAUGGAUGGCGCACAUGCUGUUGUUUUCAUUUCCCCGGCUCUUUGUCUCAUCUGGCCGUUGACUCGAUGCUACAUUCAAUGUAUGUCUGUAAUGAAAAGGCAGAUCAAUACGAGCUUUGCUGAUCGACAUGUUCCAAAUACCAUCACAGCUGUCUGCCACAGAGAGCUCAGCCAACAGGACUUUCAGAAAAAAAAGCCCCCCUCCCCUCUUAUAGUUUGAUCUUCCUUAGGCCAUGAUCUCACAGGCCAGGCUGUGUCUGAUUUAUUCAUGACUGCUCCAUCUGAAAGGACAUUAAAACUACCAUCAUAAAACACAGACUGAACAUGUGAAUGAUCAGAAACAGGUUUGAGAAUGCAUUCAACAGCAACCAUAUGACACUGAUCUGUUCAACACUGAAAUUCUGCAUUCAAGGGCUUUACACCAUAAUAGGCCGGGUCUCUCUCUCUCUCUGUGUAAGCUCUAGCCUGACCUGACUAGACCAUCUGCCUCAGCUGUAUGAAUCCGAGCCUAAUCCUGCAUGCAGGAAGAAAGCCUCACUGUACACACAGACAUGGGGUGUGAUAAUGUUGUCAAGUGUACAAACAGCAGGGGAUCGGACUGUGUUAAACAUAUAAAAGCUCAUCAUCUCCCUUUGUACUGAUAGUAUGGCUGAAAUGUAGAAAUAGUAUGACAACAGCGUACAGCGACAAAAAUAGAUUGCAUGCAUUUCCGUCAUUCAUCUACUCACAUGAGCGCAAAAAAAUCAGGGUUACUCAGCUUCUCUCUUUCUCUAAUAUCACUUAAAUGUCUGAAAUUUAUACAUCAGGGAAAUUUCAAAUUGAUAAAAGUCUUGGACAUUUUGGAGGGAUAUUAGAUAAUAGAUAAAACCUUUUUAUAACCCUAAUUAUAUAAGGGAGACUUUAGAUCAAGUGUAAAUUGGUAUGUUAGGAAAAACAAAAAGCAGAUACAAGACCUCAGUGACAAAAAUCUCAAAAUGUGGUUUGAUCAAGCCUGACAUGACAAAGCCAGAGGUACAAACAGACAGCAAAGGACAAAAUCAAAGACAAAUACGUCACCAGUUCCCAAAAAAAAUAACAGACCAGUCACAAUAAUUCAACAAAAAAUCUACCAAAAUAUCUUGAUUUAGUGUGCAGUCAAUAUCUUCCUUAUAAAAAGGACAUUUAGCUCUAUUAUUAGACACAGACCAAAACGGUCUCAUCUCCUGGGAUGCUCCUUUGUUUUUUAGCAUCUCAAAUGUGACCUUUGAAGCAAAAGGACUGUAUAUUUUUAGCUCCAAGCACCUCAAAUGUGAAUAAAUGCAUUUUAUUUAUAAAUAAUUAGCUUUGACAAAUAACCUUAACCAGUUUCCGAUGUAGAAUAAUAGAUUUUUAUGUAGGUUUUUCUGUUAAAUAAUAGUGCCGGUCAACAGGGAGACAGCCAGCAAUUCAUUACAGAGAUUGAUUUUUAAAGGCUGGUCAUCAGAGCAAAUUACCAGUCAUUCAAUGGAUCCAUCUCCUCAGAUGGGUAAAGUCCGCUGCAUUUUACUGUUUAGAAUCAUGAGUAAUCUGGAAACGUCCCCCCAGAGAGAGUGUCUUCAUUUAUUUAUUUAUUUAUUUAUACACCAGUUUUUGAGGUUGUGAAGAAGAGACUUAUCAGAGUAACAUAAAAGAGCAAGAAGGAAAUACUGAUGAUGAAAUUGGACAGAAGUUGCAACAGUAACCAGAAUUUCUUGUCACAGUUCAUGAAGCUUGUGAAUCUUUACAGUCUGUCAUAUUUGUAGAAACUUCCACAGUCUCAUGUUGAUUCCCCUGCUGUGGCCUCUGUGAGUCUGACCCCACAGGGCCUGAGUUUCCCCUGGAGAUGAUAACAGUUCAGACUUCUGCAUCUGUCCUCCAUGAAGAGCAGAUCUAAGAAUAGCAUGCAUGGCUGUAGGCUCCUUAUCUCUGACAACACAACCAGAGAGGGGAAGGUCCGUCUCUACUGCCAAAAGCACGGCAGCACUUCCUCUUCGUGUCCACCCAAAACAACACUUUUAUUUGUCUUAAACACUCUUCUUAUCGUUUUAGCAGCAAUGACUCAGCUGGCUGUUGUGCAAAAUAAACACUCAUCAGUAUCAUUUCCGUUAAUUCCAGCUUCUUGCUUACCACCUCCUGUGAGAACACAUUUGAUCAGGUCUUUUUUACCAUGCUAAUUGAAUUAUUACUAAUAAGCUUGAACAAAAUCUGCUUAACUCUAGGUCCCCACUGGCAUUUUCUCAGCUUAAUACAGUUUGAAGUCCCUGUCCUACCAGAAUGUCCUUAGAAUGUAUAAAGAAUGGUCUUGGUGGAUUUUAAACUGUGAGAAAAGUUUUAUUUUGAUUAGGUUACUUGACAUUUUUGUUAUUGAGAGCAGAUGAUUUUGUUCUUCUGGGGAAAGCAUGAAUAAGCUUUGAACAUAUUAGUUAGAUUAUGUUUUUUGGCCAAGGAAUCAGGUACUUUUUCAAGAAUUAAACUUUAUUUUAAAUCCAUUUACAGAAAAACAGCUUCAUUGGAAACACAGAUGUUUUGGUUUAAGGGCUCACCUAUAAUUGUUAGUUUAACAUAUACCAAAUUAAAACAGCAGGGGUCCGUUUCACGUAGCAGGUUUAGUGGAAACUCUGAGUUUGUUAACCCUGAAAUCAGGGGAACUCUGAGUUUUCCGUUUCACAAAGGAGGGUUAGUUAAACCAGGGAGAGAGGGGUAACUCUAACCUGUUUCACAAAGAGAGGUAACUCAACCUCGCGGUCAGUUACCACAGUAACAGACUCCGUGAACCUAACCUGCUCGGGAGCAGGUUUAACUCAGUAAACCCAGAGUUUCAGGUGAGACAUCGACAUUUUCUCAUUUUGAUCAUGUUUUACAUUGUCAAGUAAGUAUUAAGUGGCAGUUUGAUCUCUUAAAAAAUGCUCUUUUCACACUCAAAACUGAAUUUUACUCUCUUAUUAUGUUCCGUUAAAUGAUUAGGAAUAGUAAACUAACACAAAAACGGGUGGUGGCCCAGCAGCCCCACCUUUAACGGAGGCAGAGGAGCUGCGCCCCCCCCCCCCCCCCCCCCCCCACAGACACACACACACACACACACACACACACACACACACGCACACACACCAGUCCGACGAUCGCUGCUACGGGGUGGGGGUUGCGAUCGUCUAAGGGGGGGGGGGGGGGGCAGCUCCUCUGCCUCCGUUAAAGGUGGGGCUGCUGGGCCACCACCCGUUUUUCUGGCAUCUGCCCUCUUUCUGUUUGCUGAGUGAAAGUCUAAUAUUGAGUGUAGUGUGUGUUAGUUUAAUAUAUGUACAUAUACAUACUGAGAGUUAGUUUAAUAUUCCUAAUCAUUUAACGGAACAUCAUAAGAGAGUAAAAUUCAUUUUUGAGUGUGAAAAGAGCAUUUUCUAAGGGAUCAAACUGCCACUUAAUACUUACUUGACAAUGUAAAACAUGAUCAAAAUGAUUCAAGCAGUUUCCCUGCAACAGUCUGUCAUUGUGUUUGCACGAGACUAGAUUUAAAGUUACGCAUUGACGCGAGCAGCGAUUUCCUCCCAAGCCCUCUCCCUCUCCUUUGCAGCUGCUGCUGUAUUGCACUUUCUUUUAAAAACGUGCUGUCAUUCGCUGUUGGCUUGCUGCUGCCCCCUCCUUCUCCCUGUUUCCAUUGGUUGAUCAUUGAAUCUGCGCUCCACAGAUGCUGGCUGUUUAUGUCUGGCGUGCACGUGCUUAACUCCAGGUCAAACUACUCGGAGUUGUUAAAACCGUCUCAAAUCAGGUGUUGUGAAACCGGAAACUCAGAGUUUCCUAACUCAGAGUAGAUCAACUCAGAGUUAAGGAUUUAACUCAGAGUUUGUUGAACCACCUACGUGAAACGGACCCCAGGUCUGGGAACCCUAACUGUACUCAACCAUGCUGGCGCCAUCUCCUACUCACUACUUGACCAAACAUCUUGUUAGAGGAAACCCUCAAGUGUGUUUACAUACGCGCUAGUAUCCUGUUUUUGAUCAUAUUUCAGGAUGGCAUGUUUACUCUUGAUAUCCCUGUAUUAUCUGUUUGCAUGCAGGUGUUUCCUUGAUUUUCACUAUUUAGUUUUACUAUCCUGUUUUAUACCAAAAAGUCAUAAUCAUAAGUCGUGACUGACCAAUCAGUUGCUUAGCAGAUUAACCAGUUUAAUAAUAUUGAUUAAAAAAAACAAAACAGAGUUAUCGUGGCAUUGUAUAUCUGCCAUAGUCCAACUUUCUGUCUCAUCAACAUUUGCCAUUAAUCAACUGAUAUCUACCACUUAUUCUGAGCUUGGAUUGGGUACAUGGUAUCUUUCUACUUUUUUUACCAGAGUGCUCCAGGUUUUACAAACAAGUACUAGUCCUGUCCUUAUUUAGAAAAUGUAUGGCUUGUCAAAAUAUUACAGGGAUCAUGAGAAAGUGCAUAUUAUAUAGGCAGAGGCUACAGUCAAGGAAAACCAGUGACAGACAUCACCUUGUGCGGUAAUGAAAAACGUGCUCAUUUACAGAUCCCACAGUUAUUAUAGUUAUAAGAAGCUCAAUUUCUGACCACCUAAUGUAAAGUAUGUGAGUCUGAUUUAUUCUCUUUUACUUCCUUUUUCUGGCUCUUUCUCCGCUUUACUCUAUUCUCAAGCUCGAAGCUAACUGUAUAUCCUGUUUUAAUGAUGUGUUCUCCUCUUCCUGUCCCCCCUUGUAUGUGCCUGUCUUUUUUAUGUUUCUUGGAUGGGAUGAACUGAAAUGGGAAUUUCCUCUUGUGGGACUCGUAAAGGAAUAUCUUAUCCUAUCUUGUGACAAGGGCGAGGAUGAUUUCAUGUGACAUUAGUCUAAAAAACGGAGUUAACAAAGUAUUAGGAGUUAGCUGUUAAGUCACAAGCACAGAAUUAAAAAGAGCAGGUAACCUCUGAAUAAAGUAAUUAUUCUUUGUUCAAGCAGACUGUAACAUUUAAGUCAUAAUCUGACUGAUUUUCAACAUGUAAAAUUAUUGAUUUUAGCUGCUUUAAACUAAAGACGGCCUUUCCUUUUGGCUGCAUUUGGCGCCCCUGGGGAAAAAGCUGCUCUUGUCUUGCUGAUUCUGUAGGAAGGGACGACAAAAACAUCUUUGGCUAAUCUGUUUUUGCAGAUUGAUUAACUUUUUUAAAAACUACCCCCUUAGCAGUGGUGUCAGCAUCAAAUAGGAAAAUAUGAAGAAGAACAAAGCUGUUCGCUGAUGGUCUUGUUCAGUUUUGUAGCUCAUAAAAAGAUAUUGAUAUUAAUUUUAGCCUGAUUAAUAACCCACUUUAAAACUCCCCACGGAAGCUUUAAAAUUAAGUCAGUCGUUCCCAAGAUUAGCACUUCCCCUUGUUUUCUUGACCAAGUUAGUGAUGCGCUCAGGGUGCGUUUCCCUCCACUGUAAUUCAAGCUGAUAACAGUCUGUCCUUCAGCACUCUGCAGUUUCAAUCCUCCUGCCUUGUUGUUUUAUUGGCGCUGAGUAAUAGUGCUGCUAUUCCAACACAGACCUCUGGCCCUGUGCCCACACUCAGCACUUCACUGCUUUUAUUAACUCGCUGGCAGAUGACUGACUGUGACUGUAACUGGCAUCUCUGCGGACAUUCAUCAUAACACAGAGCCUGAUGCUGGUGAACAUGUUUCACAACGGGUACAGAUGUAAUUAAAGGCUGAUCUAGCUGCUGCGUUUGAGGCAGAAACAACUGACAGUUUGAUAAACAGUGAAUCCGUGCAGACUUACCUGUCAUAGUUAAAGCUUCUGUGUGCAGCAGAUCUGCAGUUAUGAAACAGGCCUUCUCAUGAGUUUUAAAAGCAAACAGCACCAUCAAUAAAAAGACAGUUUUCUCUAUGGUUAUUAGUAAUGUCUAAUACCGCUUAUAGCUUCAUUUACAUUUUUUAUGAGAAACAAUACUACUUUGUUUAUUGGGGAUGCUAAAAGCAACACAGGUUGAAAGUUUCUCACAGGGGCUUUAGAAUAAUUAAUUAAGCCCUACUGUUUGCAUCUGCUGCAUUUAUUUGUGUUUUUGUAUUUUGGUUUAGUACUGCGGGGUUGAAGUUUUUGGAACAUGGUGCAUGAUUUUACUGAAGUUUAAUGGGCAUGUUGUCUUAUUCCCAGACAUUUUCAGACAUUAAAAGAAUUGAGCAUUAAAAGAUGUAUCAAUCAUCUUGCAUUCAGUUUAAAAAUUUAAUUCGAAGUGUAAUUUAAAUAGAUGAAUAUGCUGCUGUGCAGGGGCUCUCCCUGGGGCUUUUGGCCUCAUGGGAAAAAAAUACAUUGGGCCCUGCCACUUAAAAUAUAAACCUGCAUGGACAGAGAUGCAAUAUUCUCCAUACUAUGGCAUUCACUAUUUGGUUGGAUGAAAAGACAUGUGCUGUGGGCCAUCUUACAUACAGUUUUAAUGUCACUUUAUGAUAUAAAUUUAAAGGAUUUUCAAGAGUCACUUGAACAUGUUGAGGACAAGCUGAGCAAAGACUGCUCUGUCCACAGGGUGUGCCAAAAUGUACACAGAUUUAAAGUUCCUCACAAGAGCUCUGAUUUCUAUGACUGAAAAUAUAUUAGUAUCAUGUAUGAAAUGAGUCAAUAGGAGAACAGAACCAACUUAUUUAUUUAAAAGUCGCUAUAAGUAAAAUCAUUAUUUAUAGGCAACUAUGGAUCAGCAGUGCAGGCUCCACUGACUGAAUAUCUGCUAAAAUAACUGAAACAAGAAGAAUAAAGUAUGCAGUUAAGCUAUGAUGAAGCUUUAGAGAAGAGAUAAACAGAUACUGAUAGACUGUCUGAUGCAACUGUUUCCUUAUGUUUUCAAACAUCUGUUGUACUGUCUUAUGCAAAGGUUGAUUUACUUCCUGUUAAUGCGCCUUUAUUCUGAUAUGUCCAAAACAAAACGUCUGCCGCAUUGUAAAGUUAGAGGAGUGAUGUUAAGUGCAAAAAGGGCAAAUAUCCGAUUAUUGUUCAAUGUUUUGUAAUGAUAUGAGCUUUAAUGUUUUUAGUAUGAAUGCACAAUGUUAUCAGCACAAAAUCAGUAUUGUCAGAUAAGAUUUAAAAAAGCAAAUUAUCAGUAUUGUCAGAUUAGAUCUCAAAACGUUUAUCAGUAUCAGCAGAUAUGACAUUUUUGCAGGAUAAUUACUGAACAUAUGUUUAAAAACAAAACAUUUACUAUCUUUGGUUGAAUCACAUGCUGUUUGUCUUGUUUUAUGUCUGGUUCAGACUGUAUCCGGAGAUAUCUGUACCAACCAGAAUGAGUUUGAAAUAUGUCAGCGUAGUGGAUAUCAUCAAAAAUCAAAUAACAUGAACCCUGGCUUUAAAACGUUAGACUGAUUUAUUUAUGAUAAACGAGAUAUUUGAUGUUACUAAUGUCAAGGGAAGAAUAAGAAGUUUUUUUCAUGUCAUGUUGUCAUGUUUUUCUAGUCUUUUCUGUCAUUUCUUAGAUCUUGACAUAAUGCUGUACCACACACUUGCACCUCACAGUCAGUGCUUGCACCAAGUUUCAAGGCCUGAAUUAUCUCUUGUAGCUAAAGGGGGAAGUUUAGCGAUACAGAAGGUAUCUGUUCCUUUUUUUUUUAAAUCAUGAACAAGAAAAGACAGAGUAGGAAGUUAAAAAAAAUAUGUAGAAGAAAUGAACUGUUCUGACAUCUCCUCAGGCCCCCAGAAUCUCCCAAACUUGUCUCCCCUAUAUAGUCUGAUGUCUGGUUUAUCCAUGAAUCUACUUAAAAAAUUAUCCACAUGUUGUUGUUUGAUAAUAUGCAAACUAUCCAAAGAAUACAUCUGUCAAAAAUCAUGUAAUGCAACAAAAAGUAAAAAAUGAGUGUCCAAAAUGUUGUGAAGAACAAGAUUAAAACAAAACUCAACUUUCAUAACUGUGCUCUGAUCGUAUGAGUGGUUACAUGCUGUCAGAGUUUGAUUAACUUUUACUAAUACUAGAUUUCUGUCAGGCUUAUGCAAAAUUAACACCCACUGUUUAGCAUUGUGCUAACAUGCUGAUAUUGGCAGAAGUGCUAGCAUGGCUGUAGACUUCAUGUCAUGUGUCUAUGUGUUAAGAGUUGAUGUAUUGUCUCUUCAUUGAACGUGUGAGUUAACUGUUGAUAAUGCUUCAGUCUAUGUGGAGUCUGAUAAGAGAAAAUGUAUCAAUAAUUUGAAUAAGUCAGAACAGACGCGUCUGCAGCUCUAAAUGGCCUCUGAUCCCUGUCUACUGCUGCAUUUCAGGUGUCUGGAGGCGUUCUGUAUUUAUGGCAGUGUGGGCCGUGUGGAGGAGCCUUAUGUCAGCAUCACCAGGAAGAAGCAGAUGCCUCGCGGGGGGCAGUCUGAGGAGGUGGAGCGGCAGGUGGGGCAGGCGGAGGGGAAACUGUUUACACACCGAGCAGCCUUCGCCCGCACCUCUGUCAUUCAGGCUUUCCUGGGAUCUGCCCCUCAGCUCACCUUGCAGCUCUACAUCUGCGUCCUGCAGCAGGGAGUCUCCAUCGGAAGAGGUGAGGCCUUCAAAAAUGUGAUAUCCUCCAGUUUUUUGUCCAUGUGUAGGCUGUCACCAGCCUAUGAUGUGGGCUGAUCAGCUGAGAGCCAUAUUGGAAAUAAGAGGAUGGUGUUUUCAUGAGUCAAAGUGGUGUUAUGUAACAGCAUCUCUGCCAGUUGGUGCCGAUCUGGAGCCGGGCUGUCCAACUCUUUGUGUGUGUGUGAGAGAGAGAGAUUUAGCAAAGGUUCAAACAAAGUCAAGGAAGGACAUCUGGUCGUCCAAUUUGGACAAAAUAAAAGAUGAUAUAAAUACACAGCUCGUUCAUUCCCUUAGCUUCUGGCUGUCUGACACUUUCAUUUCACGCUUGGUGGUUUUAACAGCUCCUGUUUGAUGAAGCUUCAUGGCUUUAAAGGAAAGGUCCACAUUUUUCUUGUCCUUGUAAAAUCAGCCAUCGAUGUGAACAGUGGGUAGACUUAGCUCGCUGUAAUCAUUCCUACUGUUUGUUUAGGAAAUUAAAGCAUCCCUCUGUAAUGGGUUUUCCAUUUAACUGAUGUAGGUUGAGAUGAUGAAGUCUUUUGAAAUGAUAGACUGAGUAAAUUCAACAAGACAGAAACAACUGUCAGGGCUUUUGUCUUAAGGAGCACCUGUUAGCUCCUUCAGUUUGUGUAUCUGUCAUCUUUUAUUUAGUGUUACAUAACCUUAUAUCAUAUGUUGAAUUACAUAACUUGUGGGCUGUUUAAACAUUACUAGAAAAGAGUCAAAAUAGCCGGUGUCUCUCCCCUGUGUCUGUAAAUCAGACAUCGGCACAAUAGAACAAAAUGUUCUAGUUCAAUUUUCUUUAGAUUUUGUGUUGCUGAGUUAAGAAAGAAAAACAUUGAACAUCUUCAUAUUUAUUAUUUUAGCUGUUUAGCACAAUAGAUUGUAAAAGGCGCACUUCUAAGGUGCCUUUAAUAUUUCUUAUGUGGGGUUUAGUUCUUGACAAAAUGAGAAGUCAGACAGGUCAGUGUGCUCAUACUUGACCUUUGAGCUGAGGGUAGUUUAGAAAGUGAAACAAAAAGAGAAAACCUGAUCCUGAAAAAUAAUCCAUAAUGCUGUUUGUCUUGUUUCUCUCUUUGUAUCUAAAUAACAGGCACUCUGAUGGUGAUCUCCUUACUAUCCAUCGUGUAUGGAGCUCUACGAUGCAACAUCUUAGCCAUUAAGAUCAAGUAUGACGACUAUGAAGUGGACGUUCGGCCAAUGGCGUAUCUCUGCAUCUUCCUGUGGAGGAGCUUUGAGAUCGCCACUCGUGUGGUGGUUCUGGUUCUGUUCAGCUCUGUGCUGCAGCUCUGGGUCCUGCCUGUGGUUCUGCUUAACUUCCUGGUUUUCUUCCUCUACCCCUGGAUCCUCUUCUGGCAAAGCCACUCGCCGUUCCCCGAGAAUAUAGAAAAGACUUUGACCAGAGUGGGAACCACAAUCGUGCUCUGCCUGCUCACCUUCCUCUACGCUGGCAUCAACAUGUUCUGCUGGUCUGCUGUGCAGGUGAAACUCAAUGACCCCGACCUCAUCAAUAAAUCCCAGAACUGGUAUCGCAUGGCUGUCUACUACAUGUUGCGCUUUGUGGAGAAUGCCUCACUGCUUCUGCUGUGGUACAUCUAUAAAACAGACUUCUAUAAAUUCAUCUGUGCCCCUCUGCUGGUGCUGCAGCUGCUGGUCGCGUACGCCAUAGGCAUCUUCUUCAUGCUGGUCUUCUACCAGUUCUGUCAUCCGUGUCGGAGGCUCUUCUCCUCCAGCAUGACGCAGGGCCUGUGGAACUGCUCCUCCUUGCUCUGCCUCAUGUGCACCUCGUCUUCGCCUCAGAGAAGGCCGAUGGGAAAAUCUGUCUUAGAGCCCCCGAGCCCCAGCAUGCACAAAGAGCGGGCUGACGACGGGACCCAUGACACAGCCAGUGAUACAACAGAGGACAUGCCAAACGACACAACGUACGACAUGCUCAAUGAUACAGUCUGUGACACUCCCAAUGAAAUGGCCAGUAAUAUAGGCGAUGGGAUCAAUGGUGACAUUAGCCAGAGCGUGUCCUGCACCGCUAAAAGCAUCACAAAUGUUUGACGUGCCAUUAAGGGAAGUGACUCUGACAGUUAUCAUCUGUCACCUUUUAAGUGCCACAUGAACCCCUCUGGAGUUACGUUUACACUUUCAUUUGACCCGCCAUAGUUCAUAUUUUCUGCCAAUGUCUCCUGCUCCUUCAUGAAAUGUGUCCUUAACUGGAGAUUUGGCUGCAAACUGGCAUCAUGUUGAGAAACACCACCAUCAUCCUAUAAAACCUUUGAUCUGCAGCCUUUAAAUCAAACAUAAACCCAUAGAUACCACUUCAUCUUCAGUUUAGGAGACUGUUCCACCUAAAUGCUGCAUUACUGAUCACCAGGAGCUCUUGAAUUGAUUGUAUUUAGUAUAAAUCUUUGGCAUGGAGGUGUGCAUGUGUCGAGCCUCAAAUGAAAUGUUAUUUUGCAAAGGGGAAGGGGGCGAAUCUGUUUUAUAAAGGGUUUUUUGGGACCCCUUCUAGUUUAAUGGCUGCAAGCAUUCAGCUUUUUUUUACUUCUUGAUAAGAGCUUUAUCAUGAAUAUUGCGCUGCUUCUGUGAUGUAUAUGUGCUGGAGAUGUUCACUUACACAUUGUUGAAGAGCCCUUUCAAUCACCAAACACGUUACUGUAAAGCACGCACAUCUCCUAGCCUCGUGUUUUUGCACGUUUACAAAAGAAAAAAAUGAAAAAAGUGGCUUUGGUUCAACUGUCGAGAUGUGAAAAUGCUUUCUUUGGAUGUAUUUGCAUUUUUCUAACUCACUCUUGUAUGUCUGCGAAUCUCUCUGUCUCAUUUGUUAGAAUAUUUACACCAUAGUUAACGAUAUCGAAGUGAAAAUGUUCAUUUCAAGACAGUAUAUUUAUUCAUUUCCAGCCUUCGAUGUGUGUGAGAGAGAAUGUCAGUGUUUGUUUUUUUUGCACUAACUCCUUUUUGCAAUGUAUCUGCAGAGGGACGCGGACGCCAGCUAUCACAUAAAUGCUCCUGAUGUUUGUUUAAAGAAGAGUUUAAGAGCGAGUUUUGAAGCCAAAAAAAAAAAAAAAGAUUUUAAAAAAAGUUGUACACAUCUAACAUUGUCAUACAAAGCAAAGUAAAAGACAUUUAAGGGAUCAAGUCCUAAAUAAAAAAUUUAAAUAAAUUUAUAUUUAUAUGUGAAAA